AUGAUGAAGAGGGAAUAAGCAGAGCGACACGUUGCUGCCAAUUCUCCAUAACCAAGGACCGAGUUUCCGGGUGGGGAUCACUGGAAGGCUUUAGUGAGCACCCCUAAUUAACCUGAUUUUUUGCUGAUAAUCACUCUCAAUGGAAUCAAAUCAAAAAUCCGGGGAUGGAUUGAGCGGCACUCAGAAAGAAGCAGCCCUCCGCGCACUCAUUCAGCGCACGGGAUAUAGCUUGGUCCAGGAAAAUGGACAAAGAAAAUAUGGCGGACCUCCCCCUGGCUGGGAUGCUGCACCCCCAGAGCGGGGCUGUGAAAUUUUUGUUGGAAAACUUCCCCGAGACCUUUUUGAGGAUGAACUCAUACCACUUUGUGAAAAAUUUGGUAAAAUCUACGAAAUGCGGAUGAUGAUGGAUUUUAAUGGAAAUAACCGAGGCUACGCUUUUGUCACAUUCUCCAACAAGCAGGAGGCCAAAAAUGCCAUCAAGCAGCUGAAUAAUUAUGAAAUUAGGAAUGGACGCCUCCUUGGGGUGUGUGCCAGUGUAGACAACUGCCGAUUAUUUGUUGGGGGAAUCCCCAAAACCAAAAAGAGGGAAGAAAUCUUGUCAGAGAUGAAAAAGGUCACAGAAGGCGUGGUUGAUGUCAUCGUGUACCCCAGCGCUGCUGACAAAACCAAGAACCGGGGGUUUGCCUUUGUGGAGUAUGAAAGUCAUCGAGCAGCGGCGAUGGGCAGGAGGAAACUACUCCCAGGAAGAAUUCAGUUGUGGGGACAUCCCAUUGCUGUGGACUGGGCAGAACCAGAAGUAGAAGUUGAUGAAGAUACAAUGUCUUCUGUGAAAAUCCUUUAUGUGCGAAACCUCAUGCUGUCUACCUCUGAAGAAACCAUCGAAAAGGAAUUCAACAAUAUUAGACCAGGUUCUGUGGAGAGAGUGAAGAAAAUCCGGGACUAUGCUUUUGUGCACUUCAAUAACCGUGAAGAUGCUGUGAAUGCGAUGAAGGCUUUAAAUGGGAAGGUAUUGGAUGGUUCUCCUAUUGAAGUGACAUUAGCCAAGCCAGUGGAUAAAGACAGUUACGUAAGAUACACCAGAGGCACAGGUGGCCGGGGCACUGUGCUACAAGGGGAAUACACUUACUCACUGGGACAUGUUUAUGACCCAGCCACAGCCUACCUGGGAGCACCUGUCUUCUAUGCUCCACAGGCCUAUGCAGCCAUUCCAAACCUCCACUUUCCAGUGGCCAAGGGACACCUCAGCAAUAGAACCAUCAUCCGUCCCCCUUCUAUUAGAGAAAUUUACAUGAAUGUCCCUGUAGGGGCUGCGGGAGUUAGAGGACUGGGCGGUCGUGGAUAUUUGGCCUACCCGGGCCGGGGGCGUGGCUAUCAGGUCAAAGGAGACAAGAGGGGAGAAGACAAACUCUAUGACAUUUUACCUGGGAUGGAGCUCACUCCCAUGAAUCCAGUUACCCUAAAGCCUCAAGGGAUUAAACUCGCUCCUCAGGUCUUAGAAGAAAUUUGCCAGAAGAAUAACUGGGGACAGCCGGUGUAUCAGCUCCACUCAGCCAUUGGCCAAGACCAGAGACAACUUUUCCUUUACAAAGUCUCCAUUCCAGCUCUUGCCAACCAGAACCCAGCAAUUCACCCCUUCACGCCUCCAAAACUUAGUGCUUUUGUUGAUGAAGCCAAAACAUAUGCAGCUGAAUACACUCUUCAGACCCUGGGCAUUCCUAUGGAGGGAACGGAAGCUCCUCCUGCUGCUGCCGCUGCGGCUGCUGCUUUUCCAGGCUAUGCUAUCGCAAAUGCAGCUGCCACUGUGACUGCAGCCCAGCUGAAACAGGCUGUGACCCUGGGCCAAGACUUGGCAGCCUACACCACGUACGAAGCCUACCCUGCCUUUGCCGUGGCUGCUCGUGGGGAUGGAUAUGGGACCUUUUGAGGACUGGUUUUUGUAUGUUUGUUUUUUAUUUAAAAACAAGAAACACAGAGCUCAAUGUAGACAAAACCUCCCUUGACUCUCCUAAUCUUUCUACAUCAUUUUUAAGUCAUCCGUUUCCUAAAGUUUCUUACUCAUUGGCCAGUGGGGUUGUUUUAGCAUGUGUGUUUCCAAAAUUAAAUCAAAUGGUGAUGAAUCCAUUUUCUAACGCAGAAAGGGAAGCAACUCUGGUCCCAGGAGAUAUCUUGUGUUAUUCAAGACCUUAGGUGUCCCUUGUUAUAUGUACAAAGGAAAGUGUAAACUGGGGUCAGGUAUCACAGCCAAUGGGAAGCAUGGGCCAAGCCACUCACAGAGGUGAGGAACCACAAAGGGUGACCAGAAACUCAGACAAAACUCCAGCCUAACCUGUGGACCACAAAGUCCCAGAGGGCUAACAUUCCAAGGUCCCUCUCCAGUGGCCCCUCCCUGGGCUCUGUUUAUAGGCCUGGCCUAGUUAACAGCCAGGAGAGACUUCCCUAGUAAUCACUGUGGGAUCUUUCCAUUCUAUCUAAGACAAAUACUUCUCUAGUAAACUCAGGACUUCUCUGGAGCUUCCAUAUAGACAUUAAAAGCAGUCUACAAGGGGCCAACUAGGUGGCGCAGUGGAUAAAGCACCGACCCUGGAUUCAGGAGGACCUGAGUUCAAAUCUGGCCUCAAACACUUGACACUCACUAGCUGUGUGACCCUGGGCAAGUCACUUAACCCUCAUUGCCCUGCAAUUAAAAAACAACAACAAAGGCAGUCUGCGCACCCCCUCCCAUUGAUUCUACCUCUGGGCUAUUACCAAUAUUUUCAACCCAGUUCUGAUAGAUGCCCCCCCCCCAGGUAGAUUUCUUUUGAAUCCAUUUUGUUUAGGCCCUAUACAUCAGGAAAUGGGGGGAGAUCCCAGGGAGCCCCUAAAGUCCCUGACCUAGUCUCUCAGCACAUUGUAAGUUGCUCAAGAGGAGAAUUUGACAUUUUCUCACCUUUGUACCCCCUGCCCCUAACCCAGUUCUCUGUACAGAUGCCAAUACGUAAGACUUACUGUUUAAUUGGUGUGGGAAAUCCUGGCAUGAUAAAUCCCUCCACUGAGGUAAAUAGCAACCCUUUUAUAACAGUGUCAGGAAGUUGCCUGAGACUCAGGUUAAACUUUCCCACUUCUAGUCUAAGAGGAGGAAUUUGAACCCAGAUGUCCCUUAUUUCAAAACCAAUUUUCUAUCCAUCAUAUGAUUAAUUAGGAGAUUAAUUCAUGUCUCCUGAAUUGAAUUGCCUGCCACAGAAAGCUCGGUGAAAACAUGCCUUCACAGCAGCAAGACCAAGGAAGGCACUGUUCAUUUUUUCUGGAUCUUAUAGACCAUCAAGUUCUCUUGGGUUUGUCCCUGGCCCUUCAUUCAAAUCCAACCAUAUGACAACUAACAUGAGAACUCACUGCCUUAGCUUUCUUCCUGCUCCCAUAAACAUCAAACAACUUUGCAAAAUCAGAGUUAUUUUUUCAUGCUGCCUCCCCAGGAAAGCCUUCUCCCCCAUAAUCAAAGACUGGGUUCCUUUCCACCAUUCCAAAAGUAGCCUUCACACCACUCCCCCGGGGACACUGCUGGGGAGCAGGGGAGCAGGGAGAUGAAGAAGUGGCACUUCAGUCCCCACAUCUACCGGAACGCUGGUUUGGGAAACAGACGGAGCAGCCUGUGUGCUUUGGGUCCACUCAGGCCCUCAUUUCCUGGAUGAGGCCCCCUUCUAGCUUCAUUAAUGGAAAAUCAAUAAAACAUACUCACAUUCCCAUUCAGAAAUCCCUGGGCCCCCAUCAACAUUUAUGAGACUCAAAUCCAAAGACUGGCUGAAAAUGAUGUCAGAGCCCAAAAGGGCAGACCAGGGCUGACCUCAUCCCCAUGAGCCCCCAGGCAUAGCCCAACCCAGCAGUAAGAACACUAUUAGAACCUACUGGCAACCUGGGCCUUGAAAACCCCACGUGCUUGGCCUCCCUGUCUCUUCUUUUGGCUCUAUCUCACUGAGCACAUCUUGCUUUUCAAAUCCUCUGGAAAAUGGGACUCCAGUUUGGCUCCAUUUUCCUUUCAGUGCAAAUCCUGUUUUCCGUUGAAUUCCUAAUUCCUUCUCUUUCCAUCCAAUCCAAACCAAACUGACAUACAUUUAUUAAGUACCUACCAUGGGCUAUUCAAGGCUCUGGGAACUCUGGCCAAGUCAUAAUCUCUUGAUGCUCCAGGCAACUCAGCAAGACUUCAGGUCAAAAAGAAUGUACUGACUUGCAUUGGGAGAGGGCGCUGCCUCACCCAGGGAUUCUCUUUACCAGUGAAAUAACAUGUCCAGACUGUAACAUAAAGACAACAGAAAAAAAAAGAAAAAAAAAAACAAGCCAAGGGACAAAAACAAUUGACCUCUUUUGCUGACAAAAGAUUGGAAUUGAGAAAUAUUUCUAAAGGUGAGAAAAUGUAUCAGUGGGCCAAGACACAAAAGGUAGUUUCUUAAUAAAACAUAAGCUUGCAGAUUUAGAGUUGUGGGGGAUAUUUGAGGACACCUAGUCCUAUCCCCUCAUUUUGUAACAGGAGAAACUAAAGUUCAGAAAAUUUAAAUGAUUUAGCCAAAGUCACACAGCUAAAAAAAAAAAAAAAAAUGACACCCCCCCCACCAAAAAAAAAGUCAGAACAGCAAUUUUCAGAAGCAUAGAAUCAUGAAAGGAGGUGUUGACAUUAAAAUAUUAAGAAAAAUACAGAAUAUGAGGGGAAUGGGGAAAAGCACAAUGUGAAUGUCAUUCUAUAAGUGUGAAUGAUGCAGCCCAACCUGUACCAUCUUUGUCCAAUUAGCUUUCCAUGAUUCCGCCCUUGUUGGAUUGUCUUGUCUUUCCCUGGUUGCCACUGGAAGUAAGCCAUUGACUUCAGUGAUUAAAUCACUCUUUCAGACGAUCAUCCAGGUCCUUGUUCACUGUCAUCCUAAAUGACUUGAUAUUUAGGUAAUGAUUUUGUUAGCAAGGCACUCAGAAAACUACCAGGAAGUUACUUCAGGUCAGGAAAAUGUUGGGUUCAGAGUAUUUCUCACCAGAGAAAGGAAAUCCUUUAGAAGCUACAUUUCAGGUAUUCCUUUGCACUAAGAUGGGAUGAGAUUACAAGUUAUUUACCAGUAUUAACCAUGUAGAAACAUUUUUUUCUUGGAUAUUAUUUUACUUCUACGAAAGUGCUCACCCCCAUGUUCUUCCCAGCCUAGAGUUCAGCUUUUCACCAAAACAACAUCCAUCUAAAUUUCAGUGUCACUAGGCUUUUAACUAAUUCCAUUUUAUAAUUCUAUUCAGAGCUAUUGAGCCAUUAUUAGAUUGGGGACAGGAGGAGUCUGCACCGAAUAAUUUGUUAGGUUAGAGAGGUACUCUAAAAGUUAGAAUUUCCUUUCAUUUCUUUGGCAUUUGGAGCCACUUAAGGCGUCUUAGAGGCAGUUGAAAGAACAUUACCUACCCUUGACCUUGGCUUCCAUGCAAAGCCAUCACCCAUUCCCCUGGGCUAUCCUAGUUUUAGGAUUAGUCUUUGCUUAGAAGCAAAAGUGAAUGUAGAGUGUUUCAGUUUCUUGAAAGAAGGUCCACAAAGUUGUUUAAAUGGAGAUUUUUUUUAUUUUCUAUAGCUUGUAUUUCUUCAGUGUGCCUGGUUAUGAAGUUGUCUUUAAAGACCUUUUCUAAUCCUAUUACCUAAACUUCUUGGCCAAUUAAUGGAUGUGGGGAAUACCAAAAAUAAGGCUACAAAGAGACUUGGCAUUUUUUUUAGAUUUUGUAAAUACACUUUUUGUAUAUUGUAAAUACCAUUGGAGAAACCAAUUAGUCCUUGGUUUCACACUUGGCACUAUUAAUGCACUCUGUGAUCAGACUUAAAAAAACAAGCAACAAAUCAUAACCUGGAGACCUCAAGAUACUUUGCAAACAAGUGAGUGAAAUUCCCUCACAACAUGCUCAGUAUUUUGUGGGAUGUGAACUGCUAAUGUUCGUCUGUAACUGCCACAACCAGCCAUAGACAGUAGUGUCCAACCAUGGGUCCUGUGGAACUGAUUUCUGAUGAUCUGGCCUGAGAUUUUAGCUUUACUCUAAAAGCAUUAAGAGGAUGCUCUUAAUAUCCUGUCCAUAAUUACAGGAAGUGAAAUGAUGUCUGGGUUUUGUCCUCCUUAGACGAAAAAGUAGAUCAUAAUAUAAAAGCAUUGCAGAAAUAGGAUUUCUGGUCCCAAACCCUGCUUUUAUCUGAUUGCAUUUAAUCACACAAAAUAAGAAACAAAAUGUCACCCCCAAAAAAGCCACAUGAAUGUGGAAUAAUAUUCUUUAUCUCAGAAAUGUGUUUGAUUAAAUAGCCAACUUUUCCUAGCAGCAAUUAGAAGGAAAAUAGAAUGUUUGUGGUUAAUGUACAGUGGUUGGUCCUUGUGUAAUAUUUAACUAGAGAAUAUUCUUAGAUGAAAGCAAACUCGUGCUCUAUAUGUGAGCAUCUCCAUGAUUCCCUGAGGUUAUAUAGGGAAGCCAUGAAACAGCAACAGCACAAAUAUUAAACUCCCCACUUCUGCCUUCAUUAUUGCUUUUUAUUUUAGGUAAUCCAGGGAGCAGAAUAGAUAGGACUAACUGUGCUCCUCAGCUUUGUACACCUAAGACAAGUGCAUCCAUUCCUAGCCCUGUUAGAGCUCUGAUGACCACCAGUGUCAUAGAUCUAUGGUUGGGCGGGACUUCCUCUAGUAUACCUCCCUCACCCUACAGACAGGGAAACUGAGGCCCAAGGAAAAGUGAAUUUUCCAAGCACACCCUUAAAAUCACUUUCCAAAGUAGCUUUUCUCUCUGGCUCUCUGGCUUUCUCUCUGUCUCUGUCUCUGUCUCUCUCUGUCUCUGUGUGUGUGUGUGUGUGUGUGUGUGUGUGUGUCUUCCUCUUCCUCUCCCUCUCCCUCUCUCCCUCUCUCUCUCCCCCCCUCCCUCUACCUCCUCUUCCUUUUCCUUUUCCCUCUCUCCCCACCACAUCUUGCUCAAACUACAGGCUGGCAAACACACAGACACCUUCUCUUUAUUUCUAUUUUCUUCAGCUUGGACCUUCUUCACAUAAUCCCAAUCCCUCCCAUAUUUUAAAAUAAAAAUAUCAGAGAGGGGGUAAGUGGAGAAGAAAGGAUUCUGAGAACUACCACAUAAUAUAUACUUUUUAAAAAUGAUUUCUCAGAGGCAGCUAGGUAGUACAGUAGAUAAAGCACAGGCCCUGAUUCAGGAGGACCUGAGUUCAAAUCCCGACUUCGGACUCUUGACACUUACUAGCUGAGUGACCCUGGGCAAGUCACUUAACCCCAAUUGUCUCACCAAAAAAAAAAAUUUUUUUUUAAUGAUUUCUCCUCCACCUCCAUCUCACUACCCACUAUUAUAGAAGUAAAUAUUAGAUGCUAUGUCUUCUCUCAGAAGCUACAGAAACACCUGUUCUUCAGUGAAUAUUCUUUCAUGGUAACUUCCUUUCUCUGUCUUCAUCCAGUUUUAGAAAACAUCAUUACACUAAAUUUCAACCCACUAAUAUCCAAGAGUUUUUAAACUUUGGGGAAGUAUGUUUUUCAACAGUUAUUCUUCAGGACUCAGAUAAGAAAUUUUCUCUUUCCCAAGCAUUAUUUUCUGUUCCAACCCCAGCUUGUUUGGGUAGGCUAAUGUAGAUUAAUUCAAUGUUGGAUCUUCUUUGUUAAAACAUCUUCCAAAUCUUUUGAGGGGGGUAGGAUGCCAAAUAAAUGACUAAGCAAAAAAAGAAUCAAGUUGCAAUACUGGGGAAGAUAACUUUUUAAAAAAUAAUUUUAAAGCCAAAUAAAGAUUCAAGAAUUGCCCAAGUAUAUUAAUUAAUGGAGAGUCAUGUUUAUCAGUCUGAAAUCACUAGGUUCAUUAUUAUUUUAAUUUCAUAAGUGUAUUCCUGGGCAGGAAAACCCAGGACACAGUUCACAAAGCAGAGCUGGGCUUUGGGAGGGACAGGGAAAUGAAUGAAAAUGCUCUUUUCUCUUUUAAGAUUCCCUCACAAAUAUGAAUUUUGCUCAAGAACUUGGCUUCCACUGCUCCAAUUCCUGGAGAACUUUUAUUUUUGCAGACUGCAGAGAAGGCUAUUUAAACCAAAUCAUCAGGAUCAGAAACCUUAAUAUUUCAUCUAGUGGCUGCUAUUUGAUUUGAUUCUGGUUAUAUCACUCUGGGUCAAACUCUCCCUUUUGGGUAGAGCUAUAUAACUAGCAGCAGUAUUGCCUAAAAUAACUGCUUCACACACACACACACACACACACACACACACACACACACACACACACACCUUAAAAACAAAAGUACAGUUGGACAAACACAUUUCUUGCUUGAGUCACAUAUUGUUAUUCCAUGUUGGCACUAUUGUUCUUUUAUUUACAUGAGGAGGUUCUUUCACUGGGGCGACAAAACCAAAUGGGCAUAAACAGUAUUAAAAGUGUGUGAGAAGCACUUAUUUUGUCCUUUUAGUACAAUGUUUGUAUAGAAUUUUCAUUGUAUACUCCCAGAAUGGAGUGAGUCAAAAUUACAUCAUCUACAUGUUUGGGGAAACAAUCAUUGGUUUGCAAUAAAUAUAAUGGACACCUUCGAAUAGUCAAUUAAAUGGAAUUAUAAUCUACCAAAUAUUGUAAUAUGCUAUAUAAUUCUGGCUGAUAAGAUGCUGUUAAUUGACUUAUGAGGUAUUAUUAAAUAUCUAAAUUAACCUGUGA